AAUGUGUAUUCAUUCCUAAAAAGCUAUAUUGCAGCUCUUAUUACGCAAUUUCGAGUGCAACAAUGUAAGAAGGGGUCAUGUAUCGAUCAUGUUUAUAUAAUGAUGUUACUUUGUCUCCACCAAUGCAAAACUCUUGUUUCAUUUCAGUGCUGUUGUGCUGAAAAGGUCCUCUUCUUUUUUCUUUCUUCUCCUUUGCUAGGCCUAUUCGUUUGGGCGAUUAAAACUUUUUAGCGGGUGAAGAGCUCUAUUCACCCAAACCGAACAAAUUUCCCUUACCCUUCCCCUCUCCGCAAAAUCGUCUACUUGUACCCAGAUCUUUGUCGCGGUGUAUCGAAUAACUAAAGAUGGCCGCUCUCACUUGCACACAGAUUUUGUUAGCUCUUGGAAUGCUUAUUUCAGGAUCUGUGAACACGCUAUCGAAGAAAGCACAGAACGACUGCUCAGCCAGGGGACUUAAAGAUGAACAUGGAAAUGAAGUCCACAAAUUUGACCACCCAUGGUUUCAAACUGGGCUCAUGUUUAUUGGGGAAACAAUGUGUUUGAUUGGCUUAUAUUUUCAUCGGAGGAGAGAAAGGCAGAAAUUACGGCAGAACUUAAUGAGUGUCACUAGAGGUGAAAGUAAUAGCACUGAUGAACCUUCUGCAGAACUUAGUCAACAACCAAGAGUUUUCCAAUGGAUCUUUGCUUUUCCUACAAUUUGUGAUCUGUUCGGAACCACAUUAGGAGGAAUUGGUCUGCUUUAUGUCAAUGCCUCUGUAUGGCAGAUGCUGAGAGGCUCAAUUAUUAUUUUCACUGGUGUGCUUUCUAAAAUAUUUCUCAAGAGAAAGUUAUGGCCAAUUCACUGGAUUGGCAUGAUGGUCACUAUGCUUGGUUUGGUGCUUGUUGGAUUGUCAAGUGUUCUCAGAGACAACCAUCAAGGUUCCUCUCAAGGACAAGUUGUAUUAGGCAUUGUUUUGAUCUUGGCUGGUCAGAGUGUUAGUGCCACUCAGAUGAUUGUAGAAGAAUUAUUCUUGAAGAAAAGGAAGUUCCAUCCUCUACAGGUUGUUGGAAUGGAAGGUUUCUUUGGAGUCAUUUUCAUGAGUGUUAUAGUCCUUCCUGUGCUGUACUACAUUCCAGGAGAUCAGAAUCAUCACAGCUACGAGAACAGUCUCGAUGCUCUAUUGAUGAUGAAGAAUGAUGCUAAAUUGUUAAUUAUGUCAGUUUUGUAUAUCUGUUCUAUCUCGUUUUACAAUUUCUUUGGAUUGUCAGUCACAAAGUCUUUAACAGCUGUCCACAGAACAUUAGUAGAUGCUUGUAGAACCAUUGUUGUGUGGGCUGUCGACCUUUUUAUAUACUACGUCUUUGAUAAGAGUUUUGGUGAAGCUUGGGAUAGUAAAUAUGGCAUAUUUCAAGUUGAUGGAUUUCUAUUCCUGUUGCUUGGCACCGCCCUGUACAAUGAGCUUCUAAUAAUUCCACCUUUGAUGCCUAAGCCUGAUCCACCACAACAGGUUCAAGCGUCUGAUGAACCAGAAAAUGACAGCCCGGGCGCAGGAGAGAAUGAACCCUUGCUCAGGGGACGGGACCAAUCUGGAACUUACACUGGUGUUGUUUAAUCACGUGUAAUAGUUCUUGACGAAUCAAGCAAUACCUUUAAGUGAAUACUUUAAUUCACCACCAGGCUGUUACAGGUCAACAGCGUGUAUCCUAUUGCUAUCAGCUAAUUUUCUAGCAGUGUGGUCAUUUUCGUUUCCUUAAUUGCUUACAUUUCAUUUCCUCAUUGCAAAUUGUCACUGUUUUCAUUAAAUUGUAAUUGUAAUGCCACAGGGCUAGACAACAACUGGCCAUUUCGGAGUUGCUCAGGGAGCUGGGGUGAGUUUCAAAUUCUAACCAAUCGACAAACUGCACCACCACGUGAAAUAUCACUUUCAGAUUGUUAAUUUGACCAAGUAUAAUGCCUUUAACUUAAAGAGAGACUAAGUAAUGGACCUUGAAACAUGGUUUAAAAUCCAUGCAAACGUUUCUAAUUUUAGGACGGCGUCCCUAAACACCAUAUUAAUUUUUAAAAUUUGUAAGGAUUUCAGUGAUGUUCUUUAAAAAAAAAAAGGGCAAACAUAGCGAUUUUCAUCUCACCUUUUUUCCAAAUAGUAGGUGCAUGACGGAAUUUUACAGUUUUCACAAAACUGAUUAAAAAAUUGUUAAGAGUUUAGAUAGUUUUCAGGGACGUUUUCAGGUAUAUUUUUGGGAUGUAGUACAGGAAUAUUUAACCUGAAAUGACUUAUUGUAGAAUAUUUUUUUAUGUUAAUCAAUAAAACUUUUCUUUUGUUCUUUGUGAUAUGUUUAAAUUUUGAAGAUAUAUAUUUUUUUGUUCCUGUCAGUGAAAUAUUACAAAGUAAGGGUUAUUUAUUAAAUUGCUAGACAAAAUAAAUUGUUAGAAUUUUAAAUAAGAAAUUUAUAUACUCUUUAACCAAAUAUUUUUAACUAAUAGAAAGUUAUGGAAAUCUUGAAAGAAAUGGCGAGAUCUUUUGUGAAUUUGUCAAUUAUUUUUAAACUAACAAUGGCACAUUAUUGGCCAUGCGCUAUAUUUCUAAUAAAAGAGAUAAAUGGAUA